AUGUUGAAGUACUUCGUGUCGGUGCCAAAUUAUGGAUUUAAUUACGCGGUGAACGAUCCAGUGACCGGCGACAACAAGGCGCAGAGCGAAGUGCGCGAAGGCGACGUGGUGAGGGGCUCGUACUCGCUAGCGGAACCCGACGGCACCGUGAGGAUCGUCGAGUACACCGCCGAUCCGGUAUCGGGCUUCAACGCCGUCGUCAAACGGGUGGGGCAGGCCGUCCACCCCCCGCAGGCUCUGACCCCGGUCGUGACCAAGGCCGUGCCGUCGCAAAUCAUCGCACCGGCGCCGCAGAUCUCGCACGCCCCCGUCCAGACCGACCUAGCCUACGGCGGUCUCGAUGGCUACUGGGACGGCGGUCUUAACUGGGGCGGUCUCGGUCUCGGUCUCGGAGGCGUCGGCGACCACGGCCACUGGUCGCAC